GAAGCCGGAAGUUCGGUUGUUUGUUGUCAGCAACAGUUGCUGUGUUUGAACAUUUUUUUUUUCUGUCAUAGUUUCUGUGGGGGUUUUUCCUGGCGUCUCGUUGGGGUGUAAAUUAUUUUAACUCUCUCCUCACCCCCCCGCCACGCUGACCGCCGCCUUCCUUCGACCUUUACCCGACCAGCGGCGGGUUUUAGAGCCGGAGCGGGAAGUCUGGACGGAGUUAGCUUCCAUGCUAACAGUGCAGCUUUAAAUCAGCUUUAUUAACACUGUAGGUAAACAGCGUCAUGUCUGCUCCGGCUGCACUCAGUCCGGAUCAGUCCUCCUGCAGCUCGGACACCGGGGACGUUUUAAUCCGCUCCACACGAGUCCUCCACCCGGACCGGACCGGUCCCGGAGGCAGACCGGGACCCGGAUCCGUCCAGAUAACCGUCCGAAAACUGCGGGACUUUCGUCCUCCUCCUCUGACCGAACUGAGACAGAAUAAGCAGCGGCGGCGGAGUCCCAGACAGAACCCGGACAUCGCUGCUCCACAUCGGUCAGCAGCGUACUUAAAGCCCCGUAAGCUCUCCGGAGGAGGAGACGGAAAACUCGCUGAGGCGAUGGACACAGGUGACGACGUCCUGACGUCACGGUUUGCGUCUGGGGGUCGAGGAGUCGUGCUGGCGGCUUUGAAGCAGCGCUCUCACAGCGCCCCCCGCAGGAGGGAGGUCAGAGUUCACUUCUUGGACCCGAUGCCGCUCCACUCUGUGGGAAACCCCCCGGACGCCCCUGCUCUGAGCUCCCAGGAUGCAGCGAAGGAUGCUGGGGUCCAGAUGGAGACGCCGCUGUCCUCUGGUGACCUGGGAGAUGCCAGUAGCACAGCCGCCGCCGCUGCCACUGCAGCUUUGGCAGCUGCUGCUCCUCUCUUCAAGGCUCAGUCUGAUAUGGAGGCUCGAGUGGCUCAGCUGGCUGACGGCAUCCAGAAGCUGCUGCAAGCUGACAGGGAGGGUGGGGACAGAGGGCGGAGCAUGAGCCAGCAGACACUGCAGCACCUGGAGAUGCUGCAGUGCCAGCAGGUGCAGCUGCAGAGCCAGCUGCUGGAAUCAGCCCUCAGGAUAGCGAGCGGCCAUGCUUCAGACCCGCCGACGCACCUGCAGGUCACACACCUGGAUGCUGCAGCAGCAAACAGCCUCGGCGCCCGGCCACCGAGCUCCUUGCCAAACGUAGCUGUCCCUCCUGCCCCAGUUACCAUGGAAACGCAUCGCCUUGACCAAUGGGCAGAUCAAACCAGAUACGCUCACAUGCCUGAAAGGUCUCAGCUCCAGUCUUUAGCCAAUCACAGCUGGGAGGCAGCGAGGAGAGCCAAUGACAUGCUGCAGGAGAUGAAGCGUCUGAAGACUGAGAUGAAGAUGCUGCUGACGCAGCCAGAAGACCCUCUGAAAACCAGCAGACCUGCACCGAAGCACCAGCAAUCCCAGCAAACCCAGUCCCAGCAAACCCAGUCCCAGCAAACCCAGUCCCAGCAAACCCAGUCCCAGCAAACCCAGUCCCAACAAACCCAGUCCCAGUCCCAGCAAACCCAGUCCCAGCAAACCACCUCAAAGGAAAAUCGCUCGAGGUCCCAAUCUUCCCACCUCCAACAAAACGUAUCCCAUGAAAACAGUUUACAGUCCCAGCAAAACCAGUCCAGACUACCCCAGCCCAAUAAAACCACUGAUGAAGAACAUAACCUGUGGUCCCAGCAGUCCCAGUCUGUGCUGGUCCAGAGGAGGUCCGCGGUCCCGUCCCUGCUGGAGGAGGCGGGUCAGGUUCUCCGUCAGGUUCGAAAGCAGAAGAAAGUUCUGGAGGAGAACGUGGAGGCUCUGCUCAGAGCGCGGACCGGAGAGGUGCUGCACUGCCAGCUGGAGGCGCUAGCUGCUAACAGAGACCACAGCGAGGAGGUGCGCGUCAAGAAGACAGUGGACGCCUGGAUCAGCAGGUUAAGCAGAGACAUCCAGAGAAAGAGCAGAAGAAGUAAAACGGCGACUGACCCUUCUCUGCCUUGCCAUCAGGCUGAGAUGUCCUCAAGGAACAUCAGCAACCAUCACUCAGCUGUGGACGCUGAUAGCUCCGCCCACUCAGGGAAGGAGAGGCCAGUGGGCGCGCUCAGAGGGACAGGAAGUGUGAGGACAGCGAGGAGAGGAAGCAGAGGGCAGAGAGCCGGAAUCAGAGCGGGGGUGGAGCCUAACCGAGGCACAGGUGGAGCAGCUGAGCGUCAUCAGUUGGAAGUGGACGGAGAAUCGUACCUGACCCGGCUGUAUGGCCGGGCGCCGUAUGAAGGUCUGAGACGGACCCUGAAGAAGAGUCCGUACCUUCGCCUCAGCUCACCUGCCUCACCACUCGGAAGGAAGCCCCGCCCCCGACUAGUGGAGAGCGUCCGAGGUGUGAAGCUGAAGUCCUCCAAGACUCAGACCAGCCUGGCCCCGCCCCUCACUCAGGCCCAACCAAUCAUUUCAGCCCCUCCCUUUGCUUCCUCCUCACCUGGACGAUCUCACAUUUUCAGCUCAUCACACCUGACCUCAGGUCGCUUUGAUGACCUCAGCAUGACCCCUGCAAACAGCUGCCCUGUCGCCAUAGCGAUCCCACUGGGUCCACCCCGGAUGGACUCCAGGUGUGAGCAUCCUCAGGAAGUGACAUCAGCGCUCGCUGCCCCUCCAACAGCCUCUGUGGGCGAUGAAGCACCUGACCAGCAGCUCCUGGAGGCAGAACAAGCUCCUCCCCCUCCCCGUCCUCCAUCACACACGAUUGACAUCAUCGAAGGGAACGAGGAAGAAGAGGACGACUUCUUCCCUGGAACUGACUUCCUGUCUGUUGUUGAUGUUGUGCAGCAGGAGGUCAGCGUGUCGGGGGAGGAGGCCGUGGAGCUGGACGGGGGUCCGUCUCCCCCUCCGGUCCUCUACCAGGGUCCCAUCUUCCCUCCCCAGGCUCCCUCUGCCCCCCCAGCCCAGGAUCAGGUCCCCGUCCUGGGCACGGCCCUGCAGCGGGACGUCCUGGAGACCCGGCUGGUGGAAUGGGUGGAGCAGCAGCUGAUGUCCAGGAUGAUCUCAGAGCUGUACUGGCCCCCGCCUUCUGACCACGCCCACAAUAGCGACGUGGACCAGUCAGAUCCAGAGGAGCGCAGCGUCACCUCAGACAUUGUGGAGGCAGCAGGAGACGCAGGCCUGCAGCUGUUCGUGGACGCCAGCGUGCCCGUGGACUCGGAGUUAAUCCGGCAGCUGGUGAACGAGGUUCUGGCUGAGACUGUCGCCCUGAUGCUGGGCCAGAGAGAGCCGCUGGGCGCAGGACCAGCCCCGGCGCUGGAACCAGCAGGACCAGCGGACCCUCAGGAGAACGAACCGCUCCCAUUGGUCCCCACACCGGAACCAACCCCACCGCCCAGCCCGGCCCCGCCCAGCAGAGAGACUACGGCGGUAACCACACCCCCUCCAUCAGAACCGACAAGCCCGCUGAAUAAGGAGCUUCCUCAACCAAUCGCACCACCAGGUGCCUCAGAGCUCGUAGCCACACCCACUCUCAGCCCAGAGCCCACCCCCUCUGCAGAAAGCCCAGCUACUGUACACCAAGCCCCGCCUCCCUUCACUUGGGAAGAAACUGAGCUUCCAUUGGACGAGGAGAGACUGGUGGAAGACAUCACCACACACAGACCACCUCUGUUUAUGUCAGUAGAGGAGGAGGAGCCUCCUCUCUCUUCUCCUCACCCUCCUCCUCCUCCCUCCCUCCCCCCUGCUCGCUCCCCGUCUCCUCCCCCUGAGGCAGGACCGGCGUCCCCCUCCACCUCCUCCGAGGAGUCCAGCAGCUCCAGCACGGUGACGGCCGGCACUGAAGCAGCUCUGAAACACAUCUCAGAGGGAGAGCUGCUCAUCAGUGCCAACCAGCUGGCAGCCAUGACAGGGGGCGGGGCUGCGUGCAGCUUCAACAGCUCGCUGCAGGAGCUGCAGGAUAUGGACUUUGACCCCCCCAGUGAAGGACAGGUGAAAGGUCGCGACCUCCUGCGGGCGCUGCUGACCAAAAUGGAGCAGGGAGUCACACAGAGAGGAGCGAGGCCGCAGCCCGAGGGCUCCUGGGGGAGGGCGGACGGGAACGUAAGCUUCACCCACAGCGGUCAGUCCAGCUCACCUGGACAGAUCAGUCAGGCUGCAGAUGUGUCAGAGAUCAGCUUUGAAGCCACCAAUCAGGGCUCGUUUACUUUGGGCGACCUGACGGGGGAGCUAAUAGGUACACUGACCUCUGACCUCCACACAGAGCUGUCGCUGUCUCCUCCUCCACACCUGGAGAACACACACACUCCAGGACAGGUGCUGCUGGUCAGGACGUCCGACAGUCACACAGCUCGACAGCAGGAGGAGGAGGGAGGAAGCAGGAAGAUGGGCGCCCACCUGCCCGCCGUGAGACCUCCGGAGGAGGAGGAGGAGGUGAUGGAGGCGUCGGUCAGUGCGGCGGCAGACUCAGAUUCCUCCACCAGCGAUGUUUUUUAAAAAGAAUAUUUUUAUAUUUCAACUCAUUUCAAAUAAAUAAAGUCUGAUGGAAACCAAA